AUGGAUUACGACUUAUCUAGAAUAGAUUAUGGAAUAUGCGGUAUUACUUAUCCAGACACUUUAAAAAUAUUACCACCAUCUGGGCAAAAGAUGGAACAAAAGUUUGCCAUUGGAGAUAAAAAUGGGGUUUUGCAAUGUCUCAGUAUAAAAGAUGAAGAGCCUGUGGUGCAAUUUAAAACAUUACCUGGGAAACCAAUAACUUCUGUUCAAUUAGCCUCUUCAAUAGGAAGCCAAGCAGAUAAAAUAUUCACCGCAUCAGGUAAUGAAGUCAAAGGAUAUACAAGAAAAGGAAAGGUGUUCCUAAGCAUUGAAACUUCUUUAACAGAAACAAUCACAUCAAUGUAUUUACAUUUCAGGUGUAUAAUAGGAAGUGAUCUAAUACUUUGUAGUGGACGAAUAGUCACAUACUACCGAGAUUUACGGGAAUAUAACUCAUACGUUUGUGACGAUAGAGUUCUCGACAUAGCAGCAUUUGCGAGCACAAGAGUUCGACUGUUGGUAUUAAUUGCCAAUAAAGGAGCCAUUCUGCUAGAAAAUGGAAAACUGAUAUCCCGCACAAUAAUAUCGUCGGGCCCGUCACGUCUGACUGUUCCGCCUUCUACUCAUGUGACAGAUAUUAUAGCCUUCUACGGAGCUGGUGAUGGAUCCAUAGGCAUCAUUACUUAUGAAGAAUUAACGCUAUCAAGUAAAUGCCUAGUUGAUGGCAGAGGUCUGGGGUCCGUGGUAUGUCUUGGUUGGUAUUUUAACAACGGCAAUUUCCACCUUAGCGUUGGUCGACAUGAUGGAUCCAUUCAACUUUACCUUGUCGAUAUGGAGAAUUUUGGUGAAAAACCUCGACUUAAGUACACCUAUUUUUGCGGAGAACCUGUUACUUCUGUAGUGGGUGGGUGCCUAGGUACCGAGGAAUCUGAAUUACUCGUAGCUACAUUUUCGGGAAGAAUUUUCGGUCUCAGAUCUAGUCACUUGGUUACUGGAGCUAAAGUUCCGCAAGACAUCUUGGCAACGAGGCGAGGAAAGCUGGAGGUGGAAGUAGCGCGUUUGGAGAAACAAACUGCAAAUGAAAGAGAAAAAUAUCAACGUAAUACUCGAUCUUUGCAAGCUGGGUUAUCAACUCCACCACUACUGGAUAUAGAACAUGAACUGUUGGGAGCAACUAAUGACGGAUGGCAAGAAGUAAGAAUUACCUCGGCAGUGCCCCUUGACAUGCUUUUUAUUAAUUCUAAUAAGAAACUGGAAAUGCAAACUGACACUGCUGCAGUUCUCAGCAUAUGCUCAUCCAAGGAGGCCGCAUCCGAUUUGUUGGCUUCAGUUAGAUGUCAAGCAGGAACAAGGAGAGUUUGGGUAAAGAUGCGUGAAAUUUAUAAUUUAUCUACGGGGUCAAAAUUCGAAGGAAGUCGAGUACUGAUAUACGCUUUACCAGCAGGUGCUCCUAGAGUGGCUCGACUAGUAACUUUAAAACUACCAGCUUUGCCAUACUAUUCCAGCCAUGAAGCAUUAGAGAAGAACUUUGAAAAGGAAGAAAGAGUUUGGUGCCAACUGGAGAUUUCGGGUAACUUUUCCGUGGCUGAAAUUACUUCUUGGCUCACAGAAGCACUACCGGGUGAACUGCCGAGACCAGCUUCGAAUGUAUCAUUUACUCGAUCACAUACUCUUCUGGACACCAUCCUCGUUUGUCAAUAUGAACGAGGCCACGCAACAUUCAAAUCUGAUAACGUCUCAACAAUAGCGACCAUUCGAAACAUAGUGUCGAACUGCUCCGUCGAGAAGAGCAUUCGCGUGGAAAUGUCUUGUGAUAUUCCUCAUAAUUGUUGUUUAGAAUCUUUUAAGCAGUUGGAAAAUAAAUUUAAACAAGAAUAUAAGAAAAGUAAAGAUAUAAUCUUGAAAAAUGCUAUCAGUAUGUUGGAUUUGGACAGUUCAAUGAAUGAGGAAGGUCCCAUAUUGUGUCAAGACUAUGCUAGAGUUUGGGAUUCAAGAGACAGUAUCAAUGAAACUCGAUUUGAGGAGCUUGUAGACAUAAUAUUACAAUGGUAUUUGGACUGGAGAACACUAUCCUUACUUGAAAACUUUAAUAAUGAAAGUACUAAGCUUGAAGCAGCUUUGAAAGAAUGUAAAGUGGAUGAUAUUAUUAAAAUACUCUCCAAAAAUUUGUCUUAA